AUAUGUACGUAUAAAGUUAAAAGAACUACCCAGGGAUAAUAUCGAUCUUUCGUCACGUGAUAUGUUGUAGUGUGUGUGGGAUGUGUCACCUUCUGUAUGAGUCAAGAGUUGAAUCAUUACUUGCCACUGCACCGCCAAGGAAGACACUACACUUACCUUCCUCGUCCCCCAGCUAGAAGUGUGUGACCAACAGGUGUGUGAGGAUGAGCAGCGGUAUUACCGAUAAGGGGAAGGCUGAACAGGUGUUGUCCAUGGAGGAGCUCCUCAAGGAACACCUGCCCCAGCUGGCGGAGGUAGAGCGACUCCCGAAGGUGGCGCUGGAGGAGGUGAUGGCGCUGAGUGACCAGUUCCCUGUGGCCUUCCCCGUUCACUCUGCCAGACUCAAGACUCUGUUGAAGAAAGGCGUACAGGAACGGGCCAAGUUGGAGGAGCAGGUCAACUCAGCCUACCCUCUCGUCCACGCCAGGGUCUUACCUCUGCUGGCGGCCUUCCUCCACUACAAGCGAAUCUACGGCAGGCGGAAGGAGAAGGAGCUCUACUCAUCCCUCACCCUACUGGGGCUGGUAAACCGCCUCCUCAAGAAGCGCCCCGUCGUCUUCUUCAACCCCAACGACACCUUCGUCCUGCGUGACGGUACUGACGGCUGCAACGGGUUCGAGGAGAUCGGUCAUUCUCACGAGCGGCCGUCUCUCUGUCUGCAGGAGUACAUGAGCUACGACGAGAUCAAGCUGUCAGCCCUGGUGUGUGUGUCGAGCGAGUCAUGCUUCGUCAAUCCCGGGGGCCGCCACAACCGCGGGGUACCUGGUGCUUCGGGCACUUACCAGUCAGAGGGCGUCAUCGUGGGCAUGGUGGGCACCAGGUUUGAGCGUGAGGGCGUCAUGGAAUGGCAAGACUGUAUUGUAUCGCCCGACCAGAACACUCGUGACCGCGGCUUUGGUGAUGAUCCUCCUCUGAAGCGGUGGUUGGUGCGGGAGUGGGGGCGGCUGUGGGGGGCGGCGCCUCUCCCAACCUGGGAACAGGCACAGAAGGCUCCCGACGGAAGCUUCAUCUCCCUGUCGUCCAGGAUGCUCUUCAACACCCAGGUGUAUAAGGCCCGAAUCCAGCUGUCGGCGGAGACGCUGCUGGUAGAGGCUGGGGUGCGGGCGGCGGCCUCAGGGUUGAAGGCGUAUGUGCAUGUGGUGGGGCUGGGCCUAGGGUGCUGGUUGGUCACCCCCCAGCAGCACCAGCUGUAUGUGGACGCUUGGGCCGCUGCGCUGACCGCCGUCGACACCUCGCACAUCGCCCACAUUGACUUCAGCUGGAUAAAGGUUGAGUCGUGUGGCGGGACGAGUGACGGAGAGGUGAUGCCCGGCACCAGCGUCACCGUGCACUUCUCCGAGCGGGACAUGCAGGCGCCCGUCCCCUCUGGCACUCUUCUCGUCGCCACCUUCGCCUGGGACGGUAAUGCUAUGCCUGGCAAUGAAUUUUGGAAGGGAAUGUUGUCUGCUUCAGGGGACCCGGCGGCCGCCUGUUCCUCAGGUGCGGCUGAGCUUCAUAAUGCUCUCAUCAACCCGCGCGUGACGGCACAUAACCUGCACGUGGCGUCAUCACGGGGCGUGGAACACGUGGCAGAGUUUGCGCGUCACCUUAUUAAGGAAGGUAACGCAGACAAGUGUAGUGGUAAUUGAAGUACUCCAUCACCCUGUACCUGCACGAGUGUUGUCAACAGCAGGCAGUCUGAGGCUCUGCUGUGACUACUAUAAGAGACUUUGGCCAAAGUGACUGUGACCCACAGGUGACCUCCACCUGUGAAAACAAAAAGACCAACUUUAACCCAAGUUUUGGCUUAAUAUAUAACACGUAGUUGACACUGUUUUAGUAUUUAAGAUGAUGAAACACAGACGGUGAACUGACAGCAGGCCCCUCCGUUACUGCCGUCCUUGGUGACGUAAUAAUCACAAUACCUGACACCAAAGUGCCUCAUUCAUCCCAAAGUCAACCCAAGUAACUUUAACCUCAAAGUUCUUGUGUUUGAACUUUAUUAAACAUUUUGU